AUGCUGAGCGUCCAGCGAGAUGCCGUUCGCGCGCACGUUUGGUUAUAUUUCUGGUCUGCCUGGGUGCAACCGCUAGUACCGUUUAUGGCUGAUCUCAAAGUCCAUGGGCAUAAAAGGAUGGCUGGGAACCAUUUCAUGCCCAAGCUUUCGGUCUGCAAGCCCUCCCGGACAACCAUGCUUCCUCCUGUGAAGCGCUCCGUCCUUGGACUUGUUGCGUACUGUCUCCUUGUUGCAGCGGAUUCCCUUCAGAAACGUGCCGUCGCUUUCUACGAUCCAAAUGUUGGAGGAGGUUCCAUGCUCAACAAUGCCGGCUCGGGCGGGGGCGAACCUUUGAAUGUUAUUGUCUCCGGUCUUAGCUCCUCCGCCGUCCUAACGGAUGCUGGGAUCCUGAAUUAUGCAAGGGCCAUUGGCUUCUCCACUGAAUGCCUUGGAAUCCAUCUUGGAGACCCACAAUCCGCCAAUCUGGGGGACGGGCAUGGAUUUGUCAACCAGACGAUGGAACUUCGCCAGGAUUAUGGAAACGCUGAAUUGGGCACAUGCUUAGAAAGUCUUAUUGGUGGAAAUCACUUUCGGGUUUACAGACAGAACGGCCCUAUGGCGAACAGUAAGGCCCUAUUCUUAGCCGUCUCAAAGGAAGAGGAUGUUAACAAACACCAUACCAUUGUGCCAGAUGGCUAUAAUAUAGGUCGAGACCAAUUGGUGACUAAUGCGUUAGGAAAGAAAACUUUCAAAGGCGUACAUUACUCCACGGUUGGGCAAAACGUUACUGGGCUCCUUCCAGCAGGAAACGCUGGCGUCAACCACGGAAUCGCAACUGAUGGAAUCACGACGCUUCUCACCGUAACUAUCAUAUAG